UUCAUUUUCGUCAUCCUAUUUUUGGUUUUUGAUGAAUUGUCUUCGCACUACGAUGGGAAAGUGCUGAUGUUAUUGACGGUAAAGAUGACCAAAGAUUCAUCACGUAAACAGAGUGUUUCAUCUCUCGCUGAUCUGUGUUUUCAGUCUUCUUUAAAAUACCUUGAAUCGUCCAGGAAAUGGGAUGAACGAACAAAUACCUUUAUACCUGAAGAUCUUUGUACAGCACUUAUAAGUAAAAAGCUGAAGUCCGGACAUUGUGACGAUGACUUUGUGUCGACAUAUUUGGCCGACGUUCAGACAAGCAGGAUUACUAAGUUGCACAUGAGUGGGGCACGUAUAACAGACAUCGCACUGGAAUUUAUUUCUCGUCAUCCUCUGCGAGAGGUGGACGUAUCACAUUGUGAGGUCUCAGAAAAAGCCCUCGUUUCUUUGGCUAAAUGCAAAAGCACUCUGACAUCUUUAAAGAUGGUUCAUUGCCGUCAAAUUACUGAGUUCAAGGAACUCCGUCAUUUGACUGGUCUUAAGAGUUUAGACGUUUCAGACACUUGGCUAGACGAUGGAAAUGGAAUUCGGUUUUUUGUAAAUCUGGUCAAUCUCCGAAUGUUGAACUUGAGUGGAACAGAAAUUGUUUCACUGGAUCCAUUAAAUACUCUGGCGAUGCUCACAAAUCUCGACUUGUCAUGUUGUAGGGAGAUCGAAAGCAUUAAACCUUUGGAAACCAUUCGUAGGUCCCUACAGUGGUUGUCUCUAUACAAUUGUAGAAAACUGUUUUCGUCAAAUCAGAUGUUACUAGAAAGUUUAAAGAAUUUGACCCAACUGCAACAUCUGGACUUAUCAAAACACGAUCCAGAUGAAGUAGUGGAAAUGGAUAGAUUUCUAAGUUGCAGUGCAGUCUUGGUGAACAGACAAUUUUUGGAACGAUUGCUGCCAUCUCUUCCAAAUUUAGAUUGGCUGGACCUUUCAGGUAAUGCUAAGUUCAGCAACAGGGACUUUGAUCUCUUUAAUCAAUACCGUUCAAAGAUGCUGAAAUUCUUGGGAUUGUUUAUGACAGAUAUGUGCCAUUUUCAUGAAAUUCCUGCAGAUGAGGUGCAUCUUUGUAUCAUCUGUCCAGAGAUGAUGAUGGAAACAUGAAUCUAUCUGAGGAGUUAAAGAGCCGUAUCAUUGAGGUGAUUAUUGGCGCAAUGGAUUAUCAUGUCAAGGAGGAGCAGUUGCAGAAAAACUGUUGUCUCACUCUUUGCAACUUCAGAAUUCCAAAUGAUCUGCCUUCUGACUACAGAAAAAUGGUGGAAGUUUUAUUGAGGACUGCCACGAUACAUAGGCGUGACCUCAUUCAGAGGAUUGCCAUUGGAAUUUGUAAUAUGGUGGUGUGUCAGACAGCAUCAGAAGUAGGGAUAGGGAAGAUUCAAGAUUCACCAAAAAUUGUUGUGGGCAGAGAAUUGAAGGGCGUGGAGAAAAUUCUUCAAAUUAUACGAUGCAAGAUGGGAAACAACCCGGAACACGGUGGCGUUAUGGAAGGCUGUUGGAGUGCUUUGUGGAACAUGACGGAUGAAACGCCUGAAAACUGCGCACUGUUUAUAGCUCAAGGAGGACUAGAACUAUUCACGAGAUGUCACGAGAGAAUGAGCGAACGACGAGAUCUGGUUCGGAACAUGUUAGGACUGAUGGGUAACGUGGCAGAGGUGGCUGAACUACGACCAGAACUGAUGCCAAUUGUUCAUGUUUUCUUCGAAUUGUUGCUCACUGAGGGUGAACUGGAGGUGACAUACAAUGCUGGAGGGAUAGUAAGUCACCUGGCUUUUGAUGGAGUAAACAUGUGGACGAAUCAAAUUGUGUCUCGUACACAAGCGCUGCGAAGAUUGGUGGAGACGGUGGAUAAAUGGGAUAUUGAAACACAACGACAAAUGAGCUAUCGUUCCUUUGCUCCAAUAUUAAAGUUAAUAUCAGGCUGUGAUACACCUGAGAUACAUUACUGGGCCACAUGGGCGCUGGCUAACCUCUGCAAUGUUGACCCUGUGAAAUACUGUAAACUGGUCAUCGACGAAGGUGGUGUCGAGUUAUUGCAAGAUCUGCACAGUAACCUCAGAACGUCUCAGAGAGUCCGAGAACUCGCCGACCUGACUCUUCGUCGGUGCCGAUUACAUGCCGAAAACGUCUAACACGUGGACGUUGGCUGUCCACCUAAAGGAUACAAACAGAAAGACUCACAAAUUCGUAGGCAAAUUAUUCGACUGAUAGUGGACUUCCUCAUUAAGAGAGAACGCACUAGGUACCUGUAAUGUAGGAAGAAUGCUUCCAGUCCAUGAUCUCUUGCGGCUUUUUUUGUCGGUCUGUUGGGUAUAAGUAUGUGUUACCAUAGCAGACAAAUCGUAAUCAACGAUUUAGACUGACCAUAUAUCUUAAUAAGUUUUAAAUCAAAAUUUCCUAAAUGCAGGUAUGCUGUUAUGAUUUAUUUGUAAGGUACGUUUGGCUAAUUUCUUCAGAACGGAAGCGUGGAGAUAUGUACAAAAAUAAAACUAUUUGUGAAAGUUAGUGGCGGAUAGUUAAGCUUUCUAUGACAUGUGGGAAAUCCUGCUAACAAGCUACUCACCCGUCCUCAAGGACUGAGAGAUAUUCUUUUUAUGUAUGGAAACAUGAAAAAAAUGCUUUUACCAUCAAAAGUCUUAUAAGUUAAUCGGUUUGAGAGUUAAUAACACCAUUUUUGUCACUAGAUACGCUGCAAAAAAAUGAAUAAAUGGUAAUAUAUUAGGACAGAUCCAA